AUGGCGCCAGCAGCGUUGUCGCUCGACAACGGCGCCGUGGAAGAGAGCAGCUCUUGGAGGGCGGGAUGCGAGCAGAGAAAGGAGGAUUAUAUUCGAUCCAUCAAUAUACGGGACGUGUGCGCUCUCGCCUCUUACUAUCACCACAACCAGCCUUGCACCGAGUUUCGGGAGCGCAAGCGCGGCAGUUACAAUGUCUGCUACUUUAUCGAGUUUCCGAAUGACCACACGAGAUGGGUUGUGCGGUUUCCGCUCACUCCGGUACUCCAAGACGCUCAUCGGAAGCUGGACUGUGAAAUUGCAACAAUGGAAUACGUCGCCUCGAAAACCUCCGUCCCUAUUCCCCGCGUGCGCGCGCAUGGCUACGCCGGUGAGCGCGGGCCAAGCAACCCCACGGGAAAGUGCUUCCUAAUUCUUGACUACAUCUCCGGGGAGCCGCUGAGUCAAUGUCCGUUGGAAGACACGACCAGUGAGAAUCGGGACAGAUUUUACGCGGACCUAGCCAAGUUCUACUCGCAGAUGCGCGGGCUAGAGUUCGACGCUGCCGGUGCGCUGGCCCUCGGCGCCGACGGCACAUUCAGAAUCACGGCUCCGCUGUCCAUGGACAUUGCCGCGAUCGGCCUGCGCGGGACCGAGACUCACACACAGUUGCAAGCCACAAGCGCCAUGGACAGAUACGCGCGCCAGCUCUACUCGCUUCUGCUUCGUCGCGCGGCGGAGCCCAUCCCGGAGAUGGAGCUGCUGGAUGUGCAGUACCUCGUCUUUGCGCUGCAAGAUUUCGAAAAUCGCCUGCACGACUUCACCUCCUUCACUCGCCGGCAGAAAUUUGUCCUCGCCCACGGCGACUUGCAGCCGUCUAACAUUAUACUGGGCGAGGACUACAGCAUCACGGGCAUCAUCGACUGGGAGUGGGCCGGCACGGUGCCUGCGCCAUUCUUUGUGCCUCCCCUAUGGCUUGGGAAGAAUAUCGCACCGGUUGCCAAUGAUGACGACUUUAAGGAUUCUCUAUCCAGGAUUCACGCUGCCCUGGUGGCUAGUGGUUCGAGGCUUGCGACGGAGUGGCCAGCAGAUAUGCACUGUUCGGCAGAGUACUACAUCCCUGCUGCGCUGUUAAAUCAGCACUUUUUCAUGACUGUCUACUAUACACAGCUUUUUCCGCUAUAUUUUGGCGAGACGAAACAGCAUAUCAAGCCAGACAGCACCACGAUGGCCAGCUUAAAAAGACGGGCCGAGGAGGCAGCUCCGGCAAAGGCGAAUAAAAAGAAGCGCAAGAGCAAAUUCCAGGCCGAAGACGAGUCGCUCGACACUGAGCUCGGCCUCAACACGCUCUUCUCACGGAUGGACAAUCAGCUACUGGCCGACUACCUGGCGCAAAAGAUUGGCAGGUUCGGUACCGAUCUGAGCCCCGUGGAAAUAUCAGAUAUUACCCUCUCCGCAAACGCCAUCACAGACGCUACUGGAUUCACAGAGCAAAGGACUCUGGAAAAGCUUCCGGAUUUUCUAGCUCAUUUUUGUAAGAACCCAGAUAGCCUAGGCAAGGCAUCGAAAAAAUUGGGAACCCCUCAUUCCAUAAUCGUCACGGGCGCUGGGCUGCGCGCUGCCGAUAUUGUCAGAGCAGUCAGAAAGUUUGCUUCCAAGGAGAUUGCAGUGGCCAAACUCUUUGCAAAGCACAUGAAGGUCGAUGAGCAGGUGGCGUUCCUCAAGAAGACGCGCGUGAGCAUCACUGUAGGCACCCCUGCGCGUCUAUCGGAGCUUAUCGACAAUGGUGCACUAUCACUGGAGGGCCUGCAUCGUGUUGUCGUCGACGCUUCCCACAUUGACCAGAAGAAGCGCGGAGUCAUGGACAUGAAGGACACAAUGAUGCCGCUUGCCAAGUUCCUUUCUAAAAAAGAAUUUCAGGAUAGAUAUACUGACGAGGAGAAGCCCUUGUCGCUGUUGUUUUUCUAG